GUGUCAAACUCUUAGCCAACACCUGCAACAUAUUCAUAUACUUAAUGUUAGGCAGCAAAGCUAUGUGCGGAUGUUUCCGUUCCUCUUGGUAUCUUGCCUUCCUUCACCGUGUUGACCGACCCGAUAGAGAUGGGACACGUCAAUAAUAGCAACACUGAGAUUCAAAGCUUCGGCCGGAAAAAACAGAAAUGGGUAUAUUUGAACGUUUAUGGCCAGGACAAUUCUUGUAAGAGUUUCACCAAAGGUGCACAUGGAUCGGCCGCGAGAAAAAGAACCCAAAUUUGAAAUGAUAAAAAGGGGGCGCAUCCCAUCAUCUUGCUCAUUCACAUUCCCAAUUCGAAAUGAACAAUUCCCCUGCUACUGAACAACAUUACUCCAAGGCUGUUAUUGAGGCUGGCUAUGAUGAAGUAGCGGACGCUUACCUCGCUUGGUCGGCACCUCGGCCAACCUUGACACGCGCAGGCUACGUUGGUAGGCUACUCGAACACCUUCCCAAGGGAGCCAAGGUUCUGGAACUAGGAUGUGGAGCUGGCGUUCCUAGUACACAAAAGCUUAUUUCCGGUGGUAUGUCUGUCACUGGUGUUGAUAUCUCGGGAGCACAGAUAGCACUUGCUCGUAAACAUGUGCCCGAGGCUACUUUGAUUCAUUCUGAUAUGAUGAAGCUUGAGUUCGAGCAGGCUACAUUUGAUGCCGUUGUUGGAUUCUAUUCUAUUUUCCACUUGCCAAAGAAUGAGCAAGGUUUAAUGAUUGAACGUGUGCAAAUGUGGCUUAAAAAGGGUGGCUGGUUUCUCUGCAAUUUCAACUCGGAAGAAGGUGAAUUUGUGAGGGAAAACUGGUUAGCGCCUGAAGUGACUAUGAUAUCUGCUGGUCUCGGCGUAGAAGGCACGAGAGAAAUGUUUCAAAAGCAUGGCCAGCUAUUGACCAUGGUGGAAGAUGAAGUGGCUGUCGAAAAGGUCGGCAGUAUGGAAGAACAUUUCCAUUGGAUUUUCGCUCAAAAGAGGAGCCACCACCAAUAGGCUGAUAACAGUUGCAUAAAAGCUAAAAAAGAAAGACACCAAAAAAAGGCCUGAGCGCCAAGUCAAUGGCUGGGUGGCAUAGCAACCUAAUAUUUGUAAUAUUUUGUUUCUUUACCAUGAUUUUUAAUGUGGAUGGUUGUUUAUCCUUCAUCUGAUUAUUGUACUUCGCUUUCAUUAGCCGAAGGAAAAUUCUCCACACUCUUUGAUAUAAUAUAUUUUUGGCUCAUUGCAGUAAAAAGCACUUCAU